AUGGCAAGCGAUACCGAGGCAGCUCCCAAUGGGGCUAUGGAUCUUGUUGUCAAGAGCCAUCAUCAACACUCAAAUUCCGAAAUUGCAAAACUCAAUAUUCCUAUGUGGGACAGUUCUGACCCCGAACGACGGCCACCACCUUUACCUAUGAAUCCCGGUGCUGGCAGCCCAAAAACACGAUCAAACGCCUCUCCGGGCAUCCAAGCGGUUACAGCAAGCCUCGCAGAAAAGAUGCGCGAAAAUGCUCCUAGCCCAUACACGAUAAACCCGAUGCCUUCCAAAUCAUCUCCAGAAAAGUCCCUGGUCAAAGGGCAAUACCACAGACGACUGCAGUCCCUUCAGCCAACGACUGAUACACGAACUGAGUUCCGCAACUUUAUCGAGAACAGAUCACCAGAACGAAAGACACGAUCGGCAAUAUUCAAUGAUGAUUACCUGGACAAAAGUCCUACUCGUACAGGCACAUCAGGAUCACAAGACUCUGGUCGUGACUCGCCAUCUCUUUAUGUCUCCAAUCGCUACCUUUCGAAACCUAUAAUAGGCGAGAAUACCCCAACUUCAGCUACCAUGCUGGCGUUACAGAAUAUGCAGCUCCCUGGAGACGAACUUAAAUCAGUUCAAGUGUCAGUGUCAAAACCGGCCACAGCCACAUCGCUGCCCGAAAGCAGUUUGUCGGAGCAGAUCCAGAGCUUAACGGAAAUUGCUACAAGCCUGCAGAAAGAGAUGACAAGUCUGACGAGACGAAGUAAGGAUAAUGCUACUGACUUGCUAAGCUUGAAAGCGGCUACAAAUGCGCGCGACGAGGAUAUACGAAAGAGUAUCCGAGAUUUGGCCAACAACAUUAGCUCCAAGCUCCUGGAUCCCGACAGUGCGAGUACAAGGUCUGGAGCCUUUGGAUCUGUGAGGAGUGGAUAUAGUAUUGAUAGCAAGCCAUUCGACAGCCCACCAGACCACCGAAAAUCAUUUACUCUUCCUCGUGUAGCCAGCCCUUCAAGCUUCGCUGCAGCUUUGGAGCGCGACCUUUGUGGAUCUCCUGCGCCUAUUAGUGACGGCUCUGCGAGCAUUGCACUGCUGGAAAAGGUGCUACGUGAAAUGGCCACCAAAGAAGCCCAAGAAAAGCUGUUGGAACUUGUCGACGAAGUGAAAAAGAGGCCUGCCAAGGAUGGAAGCACCAAGGAGGCUGAUCAGAACGUCACAAAAAUGCUUGAACAAAUCCUCAACCAUGUCAAGGAGAAUCCAACGAAUCGAGCCCUGGUACGAUCUGGCGCUCAAGGAUCUACCUCUCCAGAACACACGCGAUCCGGCCCAAUCGUUCUUAGCCAGGACUCGAAUGGGGCUGAGAAAAGUGCCCUCAGUGAAGAUAUUAUCGGUCUUCUCAACAGGAUCAAGCAUAGUGUCGCUGAAGGCGGCGGUCUGACAAGUGAAGUCAAAGCACUUGUGCGUGAGCUACGAGGAGAAGUCUUGGGCAUGGGACGAGAAAUCGGCCGAAAACUCGAAGAAGCCGCAACAUCCAAGUCUGAGGAAGAUAUUCCACAAACUCUGGGAGCAGAUGAAGUUGCAGAAAUCGUUCGCGCCGGGCUCGCUGAAUUGAAGGAGCAAAUGUAUUCCAUGAUUCAGGAACAUCAGCAGACCCUAUCGACUUCGUUGACUCGCAGUGGCGCCGAUGCAGACGAAGUUUUUACUGCUGUUCGGUCUGCCUUAGACGAAUACUCUCCACAGCAUCUGAACGCUCCAGCACCGAGCACUGUGGGCAUGGAUAAGGAAGACAUUCUUGAAGCAGUCAGGGAGGCUUGGGAGGUAAAUAAACCGGAAAUUGAACUGCAAAAUUUUGGCCUGGAGCGGGAAGAAAUUCUUGAAUGUCUCACUGAAGGGUUGAAAGCUUACCAGCCCAAGCAUGAGGAGGCAGUGACUUACGACCAGGUUCUGGCUGCUGUUCAGGCUGGAAUGCAGAGCUUUGUCCCGCCACCUAUUGAAGCACCACCAGCAAUUACCCGUGAAGAAGUUGCAGAAGCAGUCAAAGACUGCCUGGAAUCCUUCGAAUUGACCAUUCCCGAGCCCAACAUCACGAAGGAAGACAUUUAUGCGGCAGUAUCGGAAGCGAUGGACAAUCAACAACGCGCACUCCCUUCCAUGCAAGACACACCUAAGAUUACUCGUGACGACGUGUUCGAAGCCGUAGCAGAGGCCUUGGGCCGGUCGACAUUAGCAGAGUCUCUGAAUGCUGCUGGUCUUACCCGUGAUGAUGUUUAUGGUGCUGUUGUUGAAGCUAUGGCUGGUCAAAGGGCACUUCCUAUGGAUGAACAUCUGCCUCAGCUUACUCGUGACGACGUGUUUGAAGCUGUAGCGCAGUCUCUAAAUGUUGCUGGGCUGACCCGUGACGAUGUUCAUGUUGCUGUCGCUGAAGCUAUGGCUGGCCAACGAGGGCUUCCUACAGACGAAGAUAUGCCAAAACUCACUCGUGAUGACGUCUUCGAAGCCGUAACAGAGGCAAUGGCUCGCUCAACAUUAGCGGAGUCUCUGGCUGGUACUGGCCUCACCCGCGAUGAUGUCCAUGGCGCUGUCGUUGAAGCCAUGGUUGGCCAGCGAGCGAUCACACAAGACGAAACAGACACUGGAUUAUCACGAGAUGAUGUCUUUAAUGCGGUGACGGAGGGCCUGGCGGCGCACUUCGCAGCUGCCAAAGAAAUGGGCGAAUCAUCCGUGACUCGAGAAGAUGUCGUGCAAGUGAUUAAUGAUGCUUUGGCUGCUCACUCUAGUGCUCUGAUUACACAGGAACCACCUUUGACGCGAGAAGACAUCGUCAGUGCAAUCUCGGAAGGUUUAGUCAACCAGAGCUCUAUCAGUCGAGAAAUCGAACUGAACAAGGACGACUUAUUUGAAGCUGUGGCUUCUGGCCUUCAUGAAGCAGCAGCUUCUUCUCAACUGAACGUCGGAGAUCAAAUCAUUGACCGCCUUCGCGACCUGGUUCAGGAUAUGAAAGAUGAGUUCAAGCAAUAUUCGGUGCCGAGCGGACACGACGCUGAACAAGUACUGGAUUCCGUGAAAGAUGGACUACAAGUACUCCGAACUGAUAUUGAGUCUUAUGUCGACAAGGCUGCAGAUGUUACUGGCAAAGAAGAAAUAAUAUCCACCGUCAAAGAAGGCUUCCGAUUGUUACAAGCUGAUCUUGAGCAUUCUAUCAACGAAGCAGCUCUUCGAAACUCCAGUUCUCGCGGAAAUCCGGAUACCCCCGAACUUCUUGACGCUAUGGAGAAGGAAUUCGAACACCUGCGCUCAACACUCAGUGGUUUACUGAUCCGCACUGAGACUUCAGGCGACAAAGCUGAAAUACUCGAUGCAAUCCAUGAGAUUGGUACUGGCACGAGGAAUGAAGUGGACACUACCAAACUUGUUCAAGCCGUUCGAGAAGAGUUUGAGAAUAUUCGGGACUCCAUUGGCAUGAGUUUGGUCAAGUCCGAGUCAUCUGAGAAGGACGACAUUAUCUCAGCCCUGCGUGAAAGCUUUGAGAACCUUCAAGCAGAGACGAUGCAAAAGCGUGAUGGCAACGAAAGCUCAUUUUCAAGUACUAGCGAGUUACUUGAAGCCUUUAACGACGGCGUCGAUACCAUCCGAGCAGACUUGGAAACACUGAUUCACAAGUCAGAUGAGCAGAGCAGUUCUGAGGUUCUUGAUGCAUUGAAAGAAGGAUUGGAGUCCAUUAAAUUCGAGAUGGAGGCUUUGAGAACGUCUCAGAAAGAGUUCGAGGAGACAUCGACUACCCGCGGUCAAGAAUUAAUACUUGCCAACGAAAGCAACAUCAGCAACGACAUCGAAAGCCUCAAGGUCUUGAUUACGCAGCUACAGAUAAAGGUUGAAUCGAUAGAAGCCAAUCAAGCGCCUGCUCCACCAUCAGAACAUACCUUGAAAAGGGAGCACCUCGAUGAGGUUUUGUCAGCCGUGCGAGAUGUUCAUGGAUCUGUGGCUGAAUCCAAUACUCGCAGAGAGGAUGCAGAGAUCAUUGAGACUCUUCUGCGAGACACAGUCGCCAGAUUUGAUGAGAUAAAUAUCCCUCCAACUGAGGAUCUUGCCAAAGCGGAACAAGUCAUGAAUGUGGAAGUAGUCGUUUCAGAACUGAAGGAUGCCAUCGCUGAAGUUGCUGCUCGCCUUGAAACAGAGAGCUGCACCAAGGCUGAUUUUGGUACGCUUGAGACUCUUCUGAAAGACUUGUGGGUUGCUGUGGAGGAGUCGAAAAGCCAGGCCAAGGAUAUCCCAGAAGGAGAGGAAGCGCCGGAGCCGGUCGUCAAGAGUGAUCUUCAAACGGUGGAAGCAAUGAUUUUUGAAGUCAAGACUAGUAUCGAAGAGUUGAAGCUUCCCGACGUCGAGACGCUCCCUGCAAAAUCAGAUAUUGAAGCACUUUCGGAGCUUAUCAAUGCAUUCAAGGAGAAAGUCGAUACAGAAUCAGAGUUGACUGCCCAGGCCUUUGAAGCACGCAAAGUCGAGCAUGGAGGUUUGGCCGAAAAGAUUGAAGAGGCCAAGGUUGUUGUUGCCGAUCUUCGUGAGGAGCUCAAGAGCAAACUUGAUGGGAGCGAGGAGGGCUUGUCGGAACUGAAGACCCUUCUAGAAGGUCUGGCAGUGUCUUCCGGGGCUUUCACAACCGUCGAGAGCGUCAAAGAACUCAGUGACCUCAUUAAUAGGGAGUUUGAACGUGCACGAGGAGAACAGGAAGUAACCAAACUCGAAACAGAGGAACGAGAUGCAGCAAUCAUGGUCAAACAAGACGAAGCUCGUGCCACGAUCGUAGCAGAUCUGGAGAAGAAAGUGGAUGAACGAGUCGACCAUAUCUUGUCGAAGUAUGACGAAUUGCAAGAAAGUCUCGACAAGAAGUUCUCCGAAACAGAAGAACGACACUCGGUGAAUGUUGAACACCUGACAAGCACAAAGGGUCUUGCGGAGGACAUCAAAUUGAUCAUUGGUGCUAUGGGCAACAGCGUCACUGAGUCUUGCGAGCGCAUGGGCGAUGAUACCAAGACACUCUUCACCAAGAUCAGCGAAUCGUACGACAAGAUGGAAGAGAUGCACAAUGAGAUUAAGGAGUUUAACGAACUGUCCAAGGCCGAGUUGGAGAAAACCUCGGCUGCGACAGAUCGAGUAGAAGGCCAAAUCCUGGAAUAUCAUCCUCAAAUCCUUGGUGCCAUCAAAGACAUUCUUAUGCUUGUUGGACAGCAUUACGAGCACUCUCAAAAGACAAAUGAGGAGCUGAGUAGAAAUCUUUCUGCUAUUCCUGCUACAAUCCCGACAAUGCUUCCUGCUCUUCUUCCAGCUCCACCAGAGCCUCGAGAGAUUAUCAUUCCGGACAAGUAUGAUGAUACUGAGCUACAUUCUAAGCUUGACUUGAUCAUGAACCAUGCGGAGAGCACUAAGAACAUUAUACCGGAGAAGUACGACGAUUCUGAGCUACGUUCUAAGCUCGACAUGAUAAUGAGCCAUACCGAGAGCGCCAAGAACCUCAUACCUGAAAAGUAUGAUGAUAGCGAGCUCCACUCCAAGCUUGACAUGAUCAUGAGUCAUGCUGAGAACACCAGCAAGACGAUGGCAGGCAUGGAUAAACUGGAUCAAAUACAUGAGAAGGUUAUGGAGACCUCACGUGAGAUUACUGAGAUGGUCGCAACACAAUCUCGUCUUGUUAUCGAAGAUUAUGAGCGAAAGAAGCGAGAGGCUGAAGAUGCUGCCUAUGCUCUUGAGAGAAGACUUGCUCAGAAGGAGAAAGUGGAAUCCGAGAUUCUCAGCUUGAAUGACGAAAAAGAAUCACUCCUCAAAAUCAUCCAGGCCAUGAAGACUGAGAAGGAGCAGCUCACGAAGCAGAACACAAAACUCGGGAAAGAACUCCACGGAUUAGAAACUGCUCUCGACAUUCGACAACACGAAAUGGAGCUCUUUGAGGAGCGCGCACAAGGUCUCGAAAAGCGAAUUCUCGCAGGUGUUUUCGAUCACGCUAGAACCAUGCUUUUGAAGGAAAGCGGACGAGGCAAGAGCCGCAUGAGCCUCCGACGCAUUCCCAGCUAUGGCAGCAACGCUACAAGAACUAGUCGUGCUACCAGUCGUGCUACCAGUACCAACGGCGCAGCCAAAGAUACUCGCAGUCUGGUCAGCAAUGGCGUGGAGAUGGGUUUGAAACGCCGCCAGCCAGCUAAAAACCCAGCAUAUAACGGGUCUACCGUGUCAUCCAAUGGUGGCAAGGAACGUCGAAUUCUCAGUCUCAGCCAUGUCACUGGUAACAGGGGCCCUACUGAUCGUCACGUCACAGCACCCGUCGGCACUAGUGGACUGACCAACCUCAAGCGCAGCCACUCGGUUCGGUCCAAUCUCCCAUCGCGCAAAACAUCCUGGGGCACGUCUAGAGACUUUGAGGCUAACAAAGAGAAUGAGAGCUUCCUAGAAGAAGAUGAGUCAUUCAGUGUUGCUCAUAGCGACGCGGGAACUGAGCGGACAGCCGAUACAGGUCAUUAUUUAGAAAGUGUCAGCCAUGACAGUGAAAGUACUAUCUCAGCCAGCCGUCAGCCCAGCUAUGCCAGCACAACUAACGGUCUAGUUGCGGAACACAAUGGAUCCAUUAUAGAAGAAGAUUGCGAGGAGGAAGAUCAGGUCGAGCACAAUCAUCAAUCAUAUGAGAAAUCCGAGCACUCUGAUGCAGAAGCUCCAGAAGACGAUGAUGAAGAUGUUGACGAUGAAGGCGAUUAUCAAACCACUAUUGACGAGCACGAAGAGCACUCUGCGUUUGAAGAAGAUCUAUCCGACCUCGAGACACCACCCGGAAUCAAGAUUCCAGGCCAGAAUGACAGCGGUCUAGGAAGCGAUAUCCAGCGUCCUAUCAAUGUCUAG